AGGUGAUAUCCAAAUCCAAAGUUAAAAAAACAUUUGGAUGGAGCAUGAGACACGGUCUUAAGUUAUUGGACCGAUUUGUUUAUACGCCAUUGCGUGUUUUGCGCCACAAUAUUUGAAUCUUAUUUUCUCCCUAAAAUUACACACACACACACACUCGUCGAUUGAAUUCUCAUGAAUUGCAAAAAUUUGAAGGAAAAUGAUCCAUGAAUGGUGGUAGAUUGGAUGAAUUAGCGAUUGAGAAUCGUGAAUUGUGAAGAAUUGAAUGGAAAGAAUGAAAAUGUGGUGAGAGUUGGGUUGGGGAAUUAAGGACGGAUUCAUCAAGUGAAAGCAGGAGGGUGGGGUUUGGAUGUUCAGGUGCUGUGGAGUGCCUGUUGAGCAUUGUUCGGGCCCUGCGGAUGGGGUCCUGCUUGGGUGGAGAAAGCAGGAGCCCUCGCCAAUCACCCCUCAAAAGGAGGAAGAAAUCAAUGUCAAUGUCAAUGACAACCUCAUCCUCGUUUAAGGAAGAGCACCUGCAUCUGCAUCGGAUCCCCGGGAGGAUGUUUUUGAAUGGCUCCAGUGAAUUUGCUUCUUUGUAUACUCAGCAAGGCAAAAAGGGUACCAAUCAAGAUGCCAUGAUUGUUUGGGAGGAUUUCGGGUCAAGAAGAGACACAGUCUUCUGUGGUGUAUUUGAUGGUCAUGGACCAUUUGGACACAUGGUUGCUAAGAGAGUAAGAGACUCGCUACCCUUGAAGUUAAGGGAAGUCGAUACAAGUGAUGUCUUACCGCCGGUUAAUGAAGCAUCUGAGAAAUUUCAGGCUUGGAAAGACUUGUUUCUCAAUGCUUUUAAAGUCAUGGAUAGGGAACUAAGGAUGCAUACUAAUAUUGACUGUUUUUGUAGCGGGUCGACAGCUGUCACGUUGAUUAAACAGGGUGAGGAUCUUAUAAUUGGGAAUGUUGGGGAUUCUAGAGCUAUUUUGUGUACAAGAGAUGAACGCAAUUCUCUUGUUGCGCUUCAGUUGACUGUGGAUCUAAAACCAAACCUUCCAGCGGAAGCGGAACGGAUCCGUAAAAGCAAAGGUCGAGUUUUUGCUCUUCAAGAGGAACCCAGUGUAACUCGAGUUUGGCUACCUAAUAACGACUCUCCGGGUCUAGCCAUGGCUCGUGCUUUUGGGGACUUUUGCCUUAAAGAUUUUGGUCUUAUUUCUAUUCCAGAUAUCUUUUAUCGACGUUUAACAGAAAAUGACCAGUUUGUGGUCUUGGCAAGUGACGGGAUUUGGGACGUGCUGACAAACAAAGAUGUGAUUGACAUCGUGGCGUCUGCUGAAUCGCGUUCUUGUGCAGCUCGAGCGGUGGUGGAGUCAGCGGUGCGUGCGUGGAAUCAUAAAUACCCGACUUCUAAAGUUGACGAUUGUGCAGUGGUUUGCCUUUUUCUUACCCCACCCCCAAACACUAUCUCAAUGGCGAGUGGUACAACGCAAAUACGUGAAGAAGAAGAAGAAGAAGGAAUAGGAACCACCGAUGUAGAGGAGGAUUUGGUGGAUCACGUCCUAGACGAGGACCCUGACGGGGGGGAUGUAAUACACUGGUCUGCCCUUGACGGCGUCACUCGUGCCAACACAUUGUUAAAUUUGCCUGAAUUCAUGCCGGAGGAGCCCCACAACAAGAAAACCAAUUGAGACUAGAGCUUUGAGUUGCAACUUCCUACACCAGGAAAAAUGCAACUUGUGAUGAUGGGUGGUUAUUAACUUUUAAAGAAUGGAGUUGCAAUGUAGGGAAAAAGAAAAGGCCUCUACUGUAUUAGAAUGUUAUGUUAGGGGCAAAUGCUAAUAUUGUAAAGUCAGCUCACUUUGGGUAUAUUUUAUUUUCUGUUUUUUUUUUUUUUAAUUUAAUUUUAUGUUAUAUAUCAAUGGAAUAAUAUGAUAUAUCAAUUUUAUUUUAAAAUCUAUUUUGAUGUCAA